CGAACUACCGCAGUCUUAGAAAACUUAAUGAGAACCAGAUGUGGUGGCCGAUGGCGAACUUUCUCAGAGUUGCUGAUUGGUCAGUGUCCAAGAGCCGUAGCCAAUCGGCGCGCUGGGCGGGCACGCAGUGCGGACUAGAGGUCCAGGUUGGAGAUCAGCAGGCAGUGUGGCCCGCAGAGAAGCGCUGACUGAAGGGUUAAGGCCGGGAGAGGCGAGCAUGUCGCGGGACCCGACAGCAGGGCGGCUAACGCCGCUGUGGCUGUGGCUGCUGCUGCUGCCGCGAGUCGGGGCUCUGCGUCCUGAUGAGCUCUUCCCGUACGGAGAGUCGCAGGGAGACCAGCUGCUGCCGCAGGGCGACGACGAAAGCUCAGCAGCCGUGAGGCUGGCGAUACCCUUACGCUUCUACGAUGCCCAGUUCAGCGACCUCUACGUGGGCACCAACGGCAUCAUCUCCACCCAGGAUUUCCCCAGGGAGACUCAGUAUGUGGAUGAUGAUUUUCCUACCGACUUCCCAGCCAUCGCCCCCUUCCUGGCUGACAUCGACACUAGUCACGGCAGGGGCCGGAUCCUGUACCGCGAGGACACCUCCCUGGCUGUGCUGGGUCUGGCGGCUCGCUACGUGCGCACAGGCUUCCCGCUGUCCGGGUCCAGCUUCACCCCCACCCACGCCUUCCUGGCCACCUGGGAGCACGUGGGCGCCUACGAGGAGGUCAGGCGCGGGGCUGCGCCCUCCGGGGAGUGUGCCCUGGGCCGGCUAGAGAAG